AAAUGAAGAAGCAGAAGGCCAAUAAUCAACUCACAAGUUAAGUUACGUACGACACUUGCAAUUAUUUGGAAUCCCAAAAUGCCUUCCCUCCGCUCUACCACAAAACCAACCUUCUUGUUCAUCCCAAUACUAGUACUGUUCAUAUCAUUCCUUCUUACUCUCUCUCAAGUCUCUGUUGUUGAAGGUGAAUGUACAGAAGAGAAGAAUCACACAUUGAUAAUUGGAGUUCCAGUCAAAGCCUCUUUUGAUAACUUUCUGAAGAUAAGUAAUUCUAAGAAUCAAGACGAGAGGGAUUACUCCGGUUUCUGCAUUGAAGUUUUUCAAGUGGCUCGAAGGAUAUUGGGUAGUGAAAGGCCUUAUAAAUUUGUGGAGUUCAGUGGGCCGUAUGAUGAAUUAGUUAAUAGUGUAGCCAACAAGACUUAUUGCGCUGCCGUAGGCGAUAUAACAAUAUUAGCAAACCGAUCGAAGAAAGUGGAAUUCACCGUACCGUUUACAGAGUCGGGCGUGUCAAUGGUAGUGCCGGUGAAGCCCAGCCCGAAGGCGUGGAUUUUCCUGGAGCCUUUCACUCUGGGAAUGUGGUUGGCUACAGCGGCUGUUUUGGUCUACACUAUGCUUAUAGUUUGGUUCGUCGAACAUCGGUCCAAUCCAGAUUUCAGUGGUCCGUGGAAUGAUCAACUCGGAAAUGCUCUUUGGUUCACCUUCUCUUCACUCUUCCUUGCUCACAGGGAGAAGAUUCAAAGCAACUAUGCUCGGAUUGUGGUGGUGGUGUGGCUUUUUCUGGCAGUGGUCUUAACCCAAAGCUACACCGCUAACCUCACGUCGAUGCUCACAAUCUCAAGACUCCGACCGAAACUCUGGUCUCCAUCAAAAGUCGGUUGUGAUAAUAGUCCAUUCAUGCGCAAUUACGUUCGAGAUGUGCUUAACUACAAGAAUGUAAGUCUCAUCAACGAUGGGGAUGAGUAUCUGCGGGAGUUUGAGGCCGACAAUAUCUCGGUAGCGUUUCUUGAGAUCCCUUAUGCCAAAGUUUUUGUCAAUAGACAUUGCAGGAAAUUUACCGUCAUUGGAACCACACACAGAUUUGGAGGAUUUGGCUUUAUGUUCCAAAAAGGUUCUUCAUUAGUUGCUAAUGUAUCAGAAGCCAUUCUCGAACUCUCAGAGGACGGGACUCUGAAAAGGCUAGAAGAUAAGUGGUUAACUCCCAACAAAGUGUGUUUAAAAUCUUAUCAGAAUAUGACGGAGAGUACGACGGAGGAGAACGUUGAUAGCUUGAGCCUCCGAAGCUUCUGGGGCCUAUUCCUCUGCUCUAUUGGCACUUCCUCUGUUUGUUUUCUCCUAUUCCUUGGGCACUUACUAAGGAACUACUGCCGUCAUCACUCAUCUCAAGUGGCUGAUGUGAAUGCAAGUAAUGAGAGCGUUUCGGUCAAGAUGGUUAGAGUUGCACGUUACUUGAUGAAUGCUGAGAUUAGAAGUCCAUGGAGAUGUCCAUCCUCCCCUCGGGUAGUGCCUGAAAAUGAAAUGAGCUAAAAACGUAGAUUGUGUCCGGUAGAUAUACUGUAACCUUGUAAUGAACAAUGCUAACUGUCAUCUCCAAGACUACAAAGCCGUUAUAGUAGACAUCUAUUUUGUACUGCAAAUUCCUUUGUAUCCAUCAAAGCUAAGAUUCAACUUGAAAACUAUACAUGUUGGAUAUUUUGCAUAUUUUAACACUAAUAAUUUCUUCUAAUAAUAUUACUGGUGCUUGAUUAUGAUAGCAAC